ACACAUAGUCCUUUCUUCAACAGUUUCACGGAACAGUGCUUGUGAAUAGUCGUUCGGCGAGUUUCGCGUCAGUUUACUAUUAUAGUGAAUGGUGUUCCUGCGUUAGUGUACGUGAUUUGGUUGUUUAGUUUCUGUGCACUAAACUGGUGAUCUGUUUUUCUUGCCUGUGAAAAUUUCGUUGCCUGCAAAAUGCCGUAUCGUUGUUGUGUGCCGAAUUGUAGAGGAAAUUACGACGGUGGACCAAAAGUAACCGUGUUUAAAUUUCCGGAGGAUGAAGCAAUGAGAAAGAAGUGGUUGUCAAGUAUUCGCAGAGAUAACUUCACUCCUUCUUCAAGUUCAAGAGUAUGUCAUGUUCACUUCCACAAGGAUGAUGUUAUUUGGGAAACACAAAUUGUGGAUGAAAGGACUGGUCAGUUAUUAAGAGCCCCCCUUCUCAAACCACGUUUGAGACCAGAUGCAGUUCCAUUACUACUCCCAAACUGUCCUUCCUACCUUUCAAAGGAAGAAAGUAGACGUGAAGGGCCAGAGGAGAAAAAGCAAAGGCUUGAAAAUGAGCAGUUAGCUGCAGCGUUACAAUAUAGUUUAGCAUCACAGAAGGACUAUGAAAACACUUUCAGCUUCAGUUCUUUAGAAGAGUUAAUGUUGCGUACGAAGGAAGUGGAUUUGCCCAACGAGUCUAGCGACGGCCUGUUUGUACAAUUUGGCACCUACUGGAGGCGUAACGUGGGCCACAUGGGCCUCGAUACUACGGACCUGUUGUUGGGCUGGCGUAUAUUUGAUGUUAUUGUAUUUUUUUAG